AUGGGUCGUUUCCUCGGAGAUCGCGUUAUCAAGGUCCUGACAGCCGAUCAUUCGGAGGAAACCGACGUUGUCAUGCCCAUCCUCGAAACCUCAAACACCAGUGCGCCAAUUGUCGCUGCACGACUGAAAAAGGCAUAUUGUCAGGGCUUUAUCGAGAACCCCUACGCCCGGGAGGAAGGCGUCAGGAGGAAACUCAGCGCAAUGGAAGAGCAAUUUGCCGGAAAGACCGUGCUUCUCGUGGAUGACAGCAUUGUCCGCGGAACCACGUCGAGCCCUGAAAUACGCCAUCCCCAUAUUUAUGGCAUUGACUUAGCUUCUCCAUCCGAGCUUAUAGCUCACAAACGGGACGACGAUGCAAUAGCUUUGUAUAUUGGUGCGAAGAAGGUUAUCUUUCAAAAGUUGGAUGAUUUACAGGAGGCCUGCGCGCCAGCUGUGCUCGCCGGCAUGACAGCACGAAAGAACCAAGAGUUCGAAGUGGGUGUCUUCAACGGAGAAAAUGUCACUCCUGUUCCCAGGGGCUACUUCGAACACAUAGAGAAGGUACGAGGGGAGACGAGGAAGAUGAAGGUCAUGGAAAACGCCAGGGAAGCCGUAGCCAACGGAUCGGCAGGUAAAGAGGAGAUCCAGAUAGCUACCAAUGGCGUUGAGGUCAAGGAUGACGGCAAAGUUGUCCCUGCAUCGGCGAGUACUACCAACGGAGCGCUGGCAAUCAGUGGGAAUGGAGUGCUGCAUACGCCUAAUGGCAAGAGGAAGCAUGAGAAAGAUGAAGAGGCACCGCCGAGGCACCAGAUGGAUAACGGACUACACAACCAAGGUAACUUCGAUUACGUGAAAACGUGA